AAACAGUAGACAGAAUAUUAUAAUAGCAUAAUAGCAUUGUACUACUAACUGUGUGCAUGUCUCUCUCUCCUUUGUUUGAAACUAUAAAGACCUCACCUUGAACUCAACACUGAGACUGAGGUUGUUGAUCGAUCAAACCAAAUUAACUAACUACUAAUAAUUAAGAAGAAAUGGCGGGGAACGAUUGGGUGAAUAGCUACUUGGAGGCCAUUUUAGACGUAGGACCAGGCCUGGACGACGCCAAAUCCAAAUCCAAACCCAAUUCCAUAUCAUCUCUGCUUCUCAGAGAAAGAGGUCGUUUCAGUCCCACUCGUUAUUUCGUUGAGGAAGUCAUCACAGGUUUCGAUGAAACCGAUCUAUACCGUUCCUGGGUUCGAGCUGCGGCGACGAGGAGCCCCCAAGAGAGGAACACCAGGUUGGAGAACAUGUGUUGGAGGAUUUGGAAUUUAGCUCGUAAAAAGAAGCAGCUGGAGGGAGAGGAAGCUCAGCGAAUGGCGAAUCGACGUGUUGAAAGGGAAAGAGGCCGCCGUGAAGCAACGGCUGAUAUGUCAGAAGACUUAUCAGAAGGAGAGAAAGGAGAGACUAUUAGUGAUAUUUCAGCCCAUGGUGACAGCAACAGAGGAGGAACAAUGCCUAGAAAUAGUUCUGUUGAUGUAAUGGAAAACUUGGCUAAGCAGCUCAAAGAAAAGAAACUAUACAUAGUGCUAAUAAGUCUUCAUGGGUUGAUACGUGGUGAGAACAUGGAGCUUGGUCGUGAUUCUGAUACAGGUGGCCAGGUUAAGUAUGUAGUAGAACUAGCCAGGGCUUUAGGCUCAAUGCCAGGGGUUUACAGAGUUGAUUUACUUACAAGACAAAUAGCAGCUCCAGGUGUGGACUGGACAUAUGGUGAACCAACAGAAAUGCUAAAUCCAACAACAACAUCUCAUGAGAAUACAAUUGAUGAGGUUGGAGAGAGUAGUGGAGCAUACAUAAUUCGAGUACCAUUUGGCCCAAAAGACAAAUAUGUAGCAAAAGAACUUCUAUGGCCUCACAUACCUGAAUUUGUUGACCGUGCUCUCGUCCACAUUACUCAUAUGUCCAGAGUUUUGGGUGAGCAAGUUGGUGGUGGGCAAUCAAUUUGGCCUAUAGCAAUACAUGGACAUUAUGCUGAUGCAGGUGAUGCUGCUGCUCUUCUGUCUGGAGCAUUGAAUGUGCCAAUGAUCUUUACCGGUCACUCACUCGGAAGAGAUAAGCUUGAACAAUUAUUAAAGCAAGGACGUCAAUCAAGAGAAGAAAUAAAUUCAACUUACAAAAUAAUGAGAAGGAUUGAAGCUGAGGAGCUAUCACUUGAUGCCUCCGAAAUUGUCAUCACCAGCACUAGACAAGAGAUUGAAGAGCAAUGGCGAUUGUAUGACGGCUUUGAUCCGGUAAUAGAACGAAAAUUAAGAGCAAGGAUCAAAAGGGGUGUUCAUUGUCAUGGAAGAUUCAUGCCUCGGAUGAUUGUAAUUCCUCCUGGAAUGGAAUUUCAUCAUAUAGUUCCUCAAGAAGGGGAUGUAGAUGGAGAAUUGGAGAGAAAUGAAGAUAAUGCUGCUUCCCCUGAUCCACCAAUUUGGUCAGAGAUUAUGCGUUUCUUUUCCAAUCCACGCAAGCCUAUGAUACUUGCACUUGCAAGACCAGAUCCUAAAAAGAAUAUCACAACUCUAGUCAAAGCAUUUGGAGAGUGUCGUCCACUGAGAGAGCUAGCUAAUCUUACACUAAUAAUGGGAAACCGUGACAAUAUUGACGAAAUGCCUGGCACAAAUAGCUCUGUGCUUCUUUCAAUUCUAAAGUUGAUUGACAAAUAUGAUCUAUAUGGUCAAGUUGCAUAUCCUAAACGUCAUAAGCAAUCUGAUGUCCCUGAAAUCUAUCGUCUAGCAGCAAAAACAAAGGGAGUUUUCAUCAAUCCAGCCUUUAUUGAGCCAUUUGGGCUUACUUUAAUUGAGGCAGCAGCUUAUGGAUUACCUACUGUUGCCACCAAAAAUGGAGGUCCUGUGGAUAUUCUUAGGGUUCUUGACAAUGGUGUACUGGUUGAUCCCCAUGAUCAACAAGCAAUUUCAGAUGCCCUUCUGAAGCUUGUUUCAGAUAAGCAACUCUGGGGAAGAUGUAGGCAUAAUGGACUGAAAAAUAUUCACCUUUUCUCUUGGCUAGCACACUGUAAGACAUACCUAACUAGAAUAGCAAGUUGCAAACAAAGACAGCCUCAGUGGCAACAGAGUGAUGCUGAAAAUGAGAAUAUAAGAUCAGAAUCACCUGGUGAUUCCUUGAGAGAUAUACAAGACCUCUCACUCAACCUGAAGCUUUCAUUGGAUGGUGAUAAUGCUAAUUUAGAUGGCGAUCAAGACAACGAGUGUGAUCGAAAGAACAGGAUAGAGAACGCUUUUUCUACAUUCUCAAGGGGAGUUUUAGGGGGAAACCAAAAGUAUUCAUCAUAUGUUGAGAAAGAAGAUUUGUUAUUUCCAGCAUUUAGGAGGAGGAAGCAUGUUUUUGUUAUCAGUGUGGAUUGUGACACAACCUUAGAGUUAGUUGAUAUCAUUGAGAAAAUUGUUGAGGCAGCAAGGAAAGAAGAAGAAAAGGAUAUUGGUAUCAUAUUGUCAACAUCCUUAACCAUAUCUGAAAUUUACUCUCUUCUAAUCUCAGGAGGUUUUGCACCAUCAGAUUUCGAUGCAUUUAUAUGCAACAGUGGUAGUGAGCUCUACUAUCCAUCUUCAAACCAUGAACUAGAUAGUCCUUCUGGUCUUCCAUUCAUGGUUGACUUAGACUACCGUUCACACACUGAUUACAGAUGGGGUGGACAAGACUUGAAGAAGACUUUGGUUCGUUGGGCUUCUUCUGUCAAUAACAAUAACAAUAUAAAUGAAAAUGAAAAUCAGCAAAUUGUUUCACAUGAUGAAUCUGGAUCAACUCCUCAGUGCUAUGCAUUCCAAGUUAAACACCCCUCAUUGAUGCCUCCUGUCUCGGAAGUACAGAAACUAAUGAGAUAUCAAGCUCUUCGAUGCCAUGUCUUACUCUGCCAAAAUGGUACGAAGCUGAAUGUCAUCCCUGCCACGGCUUCUAGAGCUCAAGCCCUCAGGUAUCUUUAUGUGCGAUGGGGUAUGGACUUGGCAAGUGCUGUGGUGUUUGUGGGAGAAUGUGGGGACACAGAUUAUGAAGGACUGAUUGGUGGGACUCACAAGACGGUUAUAUUGAAGGGAGUUGGCAACGGUUCUCGUAUACUCCAUAAUAACAGGAAUUAUCCUCUAAACCAUGUUGUUACAUUGGACAGUCCUAACCUAGUUGAGACUCAACUUGGAAACAUAACAACAUCUCUGGGAAAACUCUAAGGUUCUCAAGUAUUAGACAAAAGCUUCAAUCUUUUGUUUUUGAUUUUUGUACAGCCCAAAAUAUAUACCAUAAACUCUCUUUCUCACCCUCUUUUGGAGGCUUAGAGGGGGAUAAUAAUGAUGGUGCUUUCCCAAAUAAGUGGUGGGAAUUAAUUAAAAUUCCUUUGAUUUAAACUCAACAACUUAAUGGUGUAAUGCCAGUGCCACAUGACAUGAAUAAUAAGUUUAGUUUAAUGAACUAUGUUUUUUGUUAA